GGGCUGACGGUGGCCAAACCGCUCCACUGAGGAUGCCAUCGGCAUAGCUCUCCACGCUGUGCUUAACCAUCUGGAACACCCGGGGAGCUACGCCAGGAUGCUCUUCAUAGACUACAGCUCAGCCUUCAAUACAAUACCGGACAUCCUAGUUGAGAAACUUUCUAACCAAGGCCUGUCCACCCCCAUCUGGUCCUGGAUCAAAGACUUUUUGACAAACCGCCCAUAGGUCGUCAGAAUUGGCCCCCACUUCUCCUCCCCCUCACCCUCAGCACAGGUUCCCCACAAGGUUGUGUACUGAGCCCACUCUUGUACACACUGUACACUUAUGACUGCACACCAGCCCAUCCCUUGAACUUGGUCAUUAAGUUCGCAAACGACAGGACUGUGGUCGGGCUCAUCUCAGGUGGAGAUGGAUCUGUAUACAGGGACAAGGUUGACAGACUGGCAGACUGGUGCUCAACAAACAACCUUUCACUGAACACAACAAAAACAAAAGAGCUCAUUAUGGACUUCAGAAAAGACAGUGCAGCCCCGACCCCACUCCUCAUCAAUGGGGACCCAGUGGAACAGGUCCACUCGUUCAGGUUCCUGGGGGUCCACGUCGCAGAUGACCUCUCCUGGUCUGUUGACACCACUGCGGUGGUGAAGAAGACCCAGCAGCGACUCCAUUUCUUGAAAGUGCUCGGGAAAAACAACCUGAAGGAGAAGAUGCUACCUCCCUCUCUCGGCCCCUCCCUCCCUCUCUCGCCCUCCUUCCCUCUCUGGCCGCUCGCACCCUAGGAUUCUACGCGCGCGUGAAAUGUUUUUGACAAUUUGGGGUGGAGACUAAGGCAGGCUCUGGCCCUUUUAUGAUUGCUCACUUUGGACGCCGAUCACACCCACACGGACCAUCGCUGUUGCCAACUGCCAUAAAGGAAGAAGAAGAAGAAGAAGAAUGGCGACCGUGACAGCUGAAGAUUUUCAAGUAGAUUUUGAAUGAAAAUCUUCAUCAAAUUGUUAUCAGAACAUGGGGGAGCCAAAAGAGGAGGAAUUGCGCAACGUGGCAUUAAAUUUGGUUGCCAUGUUGAGAACUUCGCUGAGCAAUCCAGCGGCAAACAUUCAGGGACAGAGCGCUCCACAAUCCAGGUCUGCUAGGGGCACCACGCAGGACAGAUGCCAGGAACCAGCAGGGCAGAGUUCUGCCCCUUUAACGGCACAGAGACCUUCAGGGACUGUUCAGAGCAACAUGGCCAGGUGUUUCCCUGGAAUAUUUAGACAAAAUUCUAGAUCUCUCUCCAAAAAAAGGACAGGCACCAAACUGACCCCAGUCCAGUUCUUCCUACUGCAUAGCUCCACAGAAAAGACGCCAAAACCCUCUGAGGAGCUGAAGCUUCUACAGGCUGGGUUGGGAAAAAGGACUGCAAAUGUUCCAGAGGAUGCUGGCCAUAAGGAGAUCACAGACAUUCUUUGUGAGACAUAUCUGAAAAUGUCUGAUCUGGAGGGGGCCUGGAUGCUUCACAAAGCCAUGGGAGGAUCAGGUCAACGGAAACUGAACCUUUUGUCACCAGAAGAGGAAGGAUACACGGGGGCUAGUCUUGUGAAGACCUGGGGAGGCAAGGGCUGUCUUUAUAUUAUGCCUAUCCAGCACACUCUGGACAUUUCUCCCCUGCCUUUCACAGCUCCGGAGUUCAGGGCCAUGCCGAAAGCUCGGUGUGUGUCAUGCCAGGAGUCUGUGCCGCUGCAGCUCCUCAGUCUCCAUGUCAAGACAUGUACCAAGUCUAACGGCACUGAUGAGAUGAACUCUGAUGAUGACAUUAUCAACUUGGAUGAUCAGACAUUGGUGUCCACUGAUGUGCAGCCAUCAUUAUUGGACAGAAAGGUUGCCUGUCCAGUGUGCUCUCAAGAAUUCUCAAAGUAUGACAUCCACAUACACGCCAGUGUCUGCGGCGAGAGUGACACAAAUGAGGGACAUGAUGAUCUUCUUGAGAAGACCCAGGAAGAGUACAGCAGGAUUUCAGACAUCCUGAAUUCACUAAAGAAAAAAGUCGACGAGUCACAGACAUUUAACAUUAAUGUCCCGAGGGAGAACCUGUUUGAAAGGGGGAUGAAACAGUGGUCCCGACAAAAGGGAACAUCCCCGAAGAAUCUCCUCCAGGUGUCCUUCAUUGGAGAGUAUGGAAUCGAUCAAGGUGCUCUUCGGAAGGAGUUCCUCACUGAAAUGGUGCGGGGAAUUGAAAUGCAUUUCUUUGAGGGAGAUGGAGAGAGGGGCAAAAACCCCAAGUACAGUAUCCUGGAUUACCAGGACUGCAAUUUCAAGACAUGUGGGGAGAUCCUGGCAACAAGCUUGGUGCAGGGGGGUCCUGCACCAAGCUCAAGUGUCUGCUCCAGACAUUAAAAACUUGAAGAACGAGUCAGGUGGGUUAAUCAGCGCAGGUGCACACGCUAGGGAAGCCAUACGGUUUUUGAACGUGCCAUGGCGUGUAACGCCGCAGGUCAGAGUAUUCCGGGUGGAAAACGCUGAGGAAGAAAAACUAAUAGAAUUAUCGGACGCAAUUGUGGCCUGUGGCUACAUGGGGCCAAUAAACAUGGACAAAAAAUAGGCCAUCAUCGAUGCUAUCACCAUGCAUUCACUGGUGAGGCUGAUUCCCAUCUUGCAGCAGCUGCAAGAUGGAUUGCGGCUGUAUGGAAUCGACGCAGUCUUGGCGCAGCACCCAAAGCUUUGCCAGCAGCUGUUUGUCCCCGGACAUAUAAAAGAAGUGGACUCUGAGUUCCUUGUACAUGCACUGUAUCCAGAUUUCAGCGAGGAAGGGUCUGUCAAACGGCAGCGAGAGAUGAAAGUCAUCAACUUUCUGCAGGAUUUCCUGCAAAAGCUGGAAGACGGAGCAGAAGCAGAAAACCAAGAAGAGGAUCGUAAAGUAGACAACCAAAAGAGUGGAGCUCUGAGGGAGAGUCACGUGGCGGCUGUUCCCGGAACAACUGGCAGGGGGAAGCAUCUCUCAGUCCGGAGCUUCUUCCAAUGGGUCACAGGUCAUGCACAUGUUCCACUGAUUGAAUCAGAAAGAGAUGCAUUCCAGAUAACUGUUAAUUUUGAACAUGACUGUGAGUCACAGUAUGGGGCACAUAGACAUUGUUAUCCUAUUGUCAAUGCUUGUGCAGUUGGCAUUACAUUUCCUAUACGCCACUUGGGAACCUACCAUGAUUUUGAGGAGAGCCUAACCACGGCAAUCCGUUUUGGAUACGAGUUCAGCAGGCACUGAGGUAGCAGUCUGAGGGUAUUAGCAGACACUAUGGUACUGUAGCAUUCCUAAGUUCCACAUCUGUUUUGAAGUUGUUGUUUAAAGGAAUAUUCCUCAAGAACAUUCUGAAUAGGGCUGUGUAAGUAAGAUUAAUAUUUGUUCGGUAUGACCUGUUAAUAUGUUGCUGUACUGUCUUUUUAUAAUAAACUUUUGUAAUAAACUUUUAUACCAGAAACACUUCUAUGCUGAAGCUUGAUAUUACACUUUCAGGGGGCCAAUUUCAGAAAGCAAGUUUUGCGAAAUGCUGGAGUCUGAAAUGAGGGAAAGUCUGGGUUUUAUGUUUCAGAAAGGGAGGUAGGUAACUCACACCAGAGAGUGGUAACUCCAGCCUGUUUCAUAGAGGUAACUGAAGCUCAG